UUAUUUAUGCUCUUUGCGCUUCAGUCAAAUAAAUGGCGUCCAAGUGGAAAUGUACGUAAUUUUGUGCGUAUGUAAUGAAUGAAAUGUUUUCGUGAUGUUUUUAAAAGUGAAAAUGAAAAAUAGCGGAAAUAAUAAGUAAUGAUAUGUGUUAUAAAAUAGAGUUACCAAGCUCUUUUAAUGAAGGGAACCAUAGAAAUGUUAAUAAAUUUCAAUUAACAAGUUAUAUCUUUUAAAAUUAAAAUGAACGAAGAAAUAGAUAUAAAACCGCCAGAGGAAAGGCCUGCUUGGCCCCCAGCCGAGGUUUUAAACAUUAACUCUAUACCAACACCACAUAUCAACAUGACAAUGCCUACAACCCCACAAGGGACUCCCGUAAACCCGAGCACCUUUCCCGAAUACGACUUGCCACCGGAAAUAUCCCAGCAGGGCUGGAGAAAGUUCUGGUCUAAACGUGAGAACCGACCGUACUUUUGGAACAAACAAACCGGAGAAAGCUUAUGGGAGAUGCCGGUCGUUAAACCUCACUUCGAUCCGAUUACCGAUCCCCUCGGUAUAUGCCAUCCGCCCGGGCCACCUGUCGGAUUACCCAUAGUUACAAGUCCGGUUUCUAUCAUAAAGAGGAGGCCUUCCGAAGAAAUCGGAGGCCCGCAAAUAAAAAAAUUUGUUUUGGCCGGUCCAUGGGACUUGGACAUACCGACGAACGUCAUCAUUUUGGAACGGCCGCCCUGUAACUAUAUGCAUUCGCAUCCUGAAAUUGAGGGGUAUCGAUGCGGGCUGUUGGCCAAGUUACGUCAGUGUUACCAGGAGCUGUGCCAUUCGAGAGAGUCGAUCGAUGCGCCGAAAGAUUCGUUUAAUCGGUGGUUGAUGGAGCGAAAAGUGAUAGAUACAGGUAUUGAUCCAUUGCUGCCAAGUAAUUGCUACCCAGAGAUAUCUCUCGCAAUGUACAAAGAAAUAAUGAACGACAUCCCGAUCAAGUUAAUCAGGCCGAAAUUUACCGGGGACGCGAGAAAGCAACUUUCGAGGUACGCGGAGGCCGCGAAAAAGAUAAUGGAAUCCCGAAACGCGGAAGCGGAAAGUCGAAAGGUUGUGAAAUGGAAUGUGGAUGAGACGUUCCAGUGGUUGAGGCGGACGGUCGGCGCUACCUAUGACGAUUUUCAGGAUCGCCUAGCUCACCUCAAGUCUCAGUGCCAGCCUCACUUAACAGAAACGGUUAAACCGUCUGUCGAAGGAAUAUGUUUGAAAAUUUAUAAUCUCUCGUCUGAGUACGCGAAAAAAGUGCGUGAGAAGAGCGGCACUGCGUUAAAAGAUCAAAAUAUUGACAUGCCCGUACCACUUACCAUGGUUAGCACGCGGAAAGUGUGGUGUUAUCCAAUUCAGUUUGCCAUGGGCUGUCCACGGCUACCCGUAGUGGAGUAUAUACCUGACCGAGACCAGGCUAUGAUCAGAUUUCAGGGUGACACACUUGCCAUUAACACUACUCACCUUCAGAAACUGGAGCACUUGUAUAGGCAUAGCUGUUUUGAUGAUAAAAAAUUCGAAUUAUUUAUAGCAAGGGUGUGGGUGAUGUUAAAACGCUAUGCAACAUUCUUAGGGGUUAAUCCGUCUUUAACUACUGCAAAUGCGGAUUGCCAAGAUACUCAAGCUUCGCUGCCUGUCACCGUAUUUGAAUGCUUACAAAGAAUGUUCGGCGUAAGCUUUGAAUGUUUCGCUUCGCCUCUUAACUGUUAUUUUAAACAAUACUGCUCCGCAUUUGCCGACUGUGAUUCAUAUUUUGGAAGUCGAGGGCCUUUUCUUCAAUUAAAAGCUGUUUCGGGUUCAUUUGAAGCUCAACCUCCUUAUUCAGAAGAAUUAAUGGAAUCUGCAGUGGAUCAUAUGGAAAGGCUACUAAACGACAGUCCAGAACCGCUUAGUUUUAUAGUAUUUAUGCCAGAUUAUCGAGAACCAACUCCUAAUGGACUACUCCGGUUAGAGUCCAGUCAGUUCAAAAAGAAACAAGUGACAGUUCCUGCUUAUGAGCAUGAGUAUAGGCAUGGGUUUCAACAUGUACUGAAUCGAUCAGAAUUAAAUAUUAGAUCAUCUCAUGGAACGGUAAUCGUGUGGUUGCAAAAUUUAUCAGGCUAUCAAAAGUGGGGACCGACGGAAGAACGAGUCGAAGCCCUAUUGGAGGCCUUCCGUCCUGGCCGGGAAAGGGAAAGAGAUCGACAGGAAUUACUUAGUCCGACGCGACAAGGUAAUGCGACCGAUAACAAGGAGGUGCUAGUGCAUUAGGUUACAAUGUAACUUUAUACUUUGUUUUUAUAUUUUUUUAUAUAUAUUGUAUUUUAUGUAUAUGUUGUUUUUUGCAAAAUUUUAUUGUUUACUAGCAAUAUCGCGAUAUUACGAUGUUAGAACAUCAAAAGAUGGAAAAUGUACCUGACCUUUAUUUUAAAAAUUUGGGGUUUAUAUGAAUUUUUUUAUAUGGGGACGAUUUGGUUCAAAGUGUACAUUUGACUAUUUUAUCCUUAAAUCUCAAAUUUUCAAAAGCGAUGUAAAUAGAAUCACGGUUUUCUCUGUAAUAUAACUAUCAUCUUUAUUUCUACAUUAUUUUUAAUUUUGUACUAAUAUAGCCUUAGUAUGGACGCGUACGCGUUUCUGUUGCAGACAAUAUACAAAAAACGUUCGUUUUGAUUUAGGAUUUUGCAAGUACGCAUCAUCGAUAAAAUAAUGUAAAAAGUGUUUCCAAGGUUAUUAUGGUUGUUUUUCUACAAUUUUAGAUGCGCAUGAAACCUCUACGGCAAUUUUUUAACUGACCCUUUUUUAUCUUUGAAUUCAUAUGUAAAUCUUUUGUAUACUUUUCCCUAAUAUUUUUCUUUAAUUUGUGAAUUAACUGCAAUUUAGGGUCUCAAAUCAUCAUACAUCCAUAACCAUUUGUUGUUUGUACAUACCAUUGUUGAGUGUUUGUUUUUAUACAUUAAAUGUGUGCCCUGUAUGUGUGUGGUUUGUAUUCGUCCAUGAUUUUUCUUUGCAAUUGCCUUAUAAGUUUCACGUAGAUACUAAAAUUGUGUACAUCAGAACGCCAUGUAAUGAGUAUCGCUCAUAUACAAGUGGUUUCUUCGCGGAAUUGAUUGUUCUGGUUAUAAUUCAGUUUUUGGACCUUGGCAUUCUAGUAUUAUUGUGAUAUUUGACAUUUAAUUCUAUGGACAAUUUGGUAGCCUCUGCUGUGAGACUAUACAUAAAAUUUUUUGCGAAGGUUUAUUGUGUGCAACAAUUCGCCUACGGAAUAAGUGAGAGUGCUGUAAAAUAUAUUGUUUUAUAAAAUGUUUGUAAUUAUCUGUAUUUAUAAAAUGAAAAAUUAUAUUAGAUUUAUAGUGUCAAAAUUUGUAUUUUAAAAAUUUAUGCGGAAUAAAGAAAUCGAAACUUUUA